AUGAUCGCGGACGUGCAGCUUGCCAUCUUCGCCAACAUGCUGGGCGUGUCGCUCUUCCUGCUUGUCUUUCUUUACCACCACGUGGCCGUCAACAAUCCCAAGAAGAAAGAAUGA